AGUAAUCUGUGGUUUUGAUUGUGCAUGUGGUGUAUGUGCAUUUGCUUUGCCUGGCGCCUGUCCAAUUUUUUAUAGUUGUUUGAAUAGUUGAACGUCGAAAAGAUCUUUUCUGUUUGUAUUUCAAUGCCGCUUGUUCCAUAAUACGCCAAAAUAAUGGACGACAUACGUGCAUUCUUUAAUAAUCCUGACGCACCUUCUGUCCGAGUACGUAAACUUCGGGGUCCACUCACUGGUGGACAAAGAAUUACAAAUGAUGAUCCUAUAAACGCGUUAGAUAGACGCCAAGAACAUCGCCAAUCGGUUUUGGUAAGCGGCACCGAUUAUGCGCAUGAAAUUAAGGCACGGGAAACCGCAAUUUAUCUUAGGAAUGAUAGGGAACGGCCAAACUAUGAGUGUUUCGAGUCUGGAAGAUUGAACUCCGGAUGUUUAGAUUCCUUGGAACAUUUGACAACAUGGGGUUCCUCAGCACAGAAUAUACAAAAUGAAGAGAAGUUGACAGAAGAAGCAAUGAAUGAGGUGUACAGCAGAUACUCCUUUCAGAUGAAGGAAGAUACUAAAAACCUUGCAAUUAACGCUUAUCGUGAUGAAAUAUUGAAUAGAAUCAAGGCUUUCCCAGUGGUUAUAAUUGAAGGGCCUACAGGCUGUGGGAAGACAACUCAAGUACCUCAGUGGAUUCUAGAUGACGCAUACAACAGCAGAAAGCCAUGUAAGAUUGUUGUCACACAGCCUAGGAAAAUAGCAGCUAUAUCUAUUGCAAGGCGAGUUGCACAGGAAAGGGGAUGGGACGUCGGUGGACUUGUGGGAUAUCAGAUUGGACUUGAGAAUAAGACAUCGAGUGACACAAGGAUUCAUUAUGUGACCACAGGAGUGUUGUUACAAAAGCUAGUGAGUGCAAAAAAUAUGAAUGAAUACACGCACAUAAUACUCGACGAAGUUCAUGAGCGUGGACAAGAAAUGGACUUCUUAAUGCUUGUUGUCAAGAAAUUCCUGUACACAGUAUCACCCUUGGUCAGAGUUAUUCUGAUGUCGGCUACGUUCAACUGUGAGACCUUCGCCGACUACUUUUUGAUUCCAAUGGCGGACACGAGACAGCAGGCAUCAUUUCUAAGAAUUACAGUUAAUGAACCAACAUUCACUGUGAAGACAUUCUAUUUGGAUGCAUUGAAACAAUUUGGUCAGAUGAUUGACAAAGUAAUACCAAAGGCAAACGAAGCAGCAAUUUUACCAGAAAUGCACCACCUUGUUAUAAAUCUGAUCGAUGCUUUUGAGAAAAUUGACAAAAAAGAAGAGUAUGAAGUUAGAUCUGAAGCAGAUCUGCCUUCUGUCCUCAUAUUCCUACCAGGGAUAUAUGAAAUUGAGGAGCUCUAUGCAUGUCUCAUGGAUACCAACUUGAGGAAAAAAGUAGCCGGCGCGCAAUGCGCUGAUUACGACUGGUGGGUACUGCCAUUGCAUUCUACCAUUACUGCCGAUGAACAAGUACGCGUCUUCAAGCGAGCUCCUCCCGGACACCGCAAGAUUAUUCUCGCUACUAACAUAGCCGAGAGCUCCAUCACUGUACCUGAUAUUAAAUAUGUGAUUGACUACUGUCUUAUGAAAAUAUUGGUCGCGGAUCAGAACACGAACUUUACGUCCUUGCAACUGACAUGGGCGUCUAAAACCAACUGCGAGCAACGGGCGGGACGCGCGGGCCGAGUGCGCGACGGCAGAGUAUUUAGACUCAUCACUGAGAAGGCAUAUAAAGAUCUGCAGCAAGAAUGCACUCCAGAAAUUAUCCGAUGUCCUCUAGAGCGUUUGGUACUUAUUGCCAAAAUGCUGGACAUGGGCCAGCCCAGCGAGAUCCUGGCGCUAGCCAUGGACCCCCCGGACAUAUCCAACAUACAUCGCACCAUACUUGUGUUGAAGGAGGCGGGAGCAUUAAAAAAGACGCUCUAUGGCGAAUGGAGUGAAUCAGACGGCGAUAUCACGUACUUGGGUCGUGUAAUGGCCAAGCUUCCGCUCGAUGUGAAAAUCUCCAAGCUUAUUAUGCUGGGCCACAUAUUUGGAUGCUUGGAGGAGAGUAUUAUAAUGGCUGCUGGUAUGUCCGUGAAAAAUGUGUUCAGUAGUCCCUUCCGAGAACGCCUGAACGCUUACAACUCCAAACUGACUUGGGCCGAUGGAUCCACCAGUGACUGCAUUGCUAUACUGAACGUUUACAAGGUGUGGACCCAUUUACGUCAGCAAAAGUAUUUCAAGCAGCCAGGCAAUAGCGAGGCCAAUUGGGCAAGACGUUUCUACGUACAGAUUCGAUCUCUCAGAGAACUCGACGAUAUGGUCAAAGAAUUACGGAUGCGUCUUUCAAGGGAAGGCAUCGAUCCUAAAACCCGUAUUUCACCUUGGAACAAACAUGAACAGCCUGUGAUACUAAAGGUCAUACUGGCAGGGGCUUUCUACCCUCAAUACUUCGUGCAAGUAUCAACAGACGAGGCUCGCGAGAGAGACGCGGUAAAGCUCCUGGGGGGCCUCGACCCUCGUACCUCUGUGUACCUGAGGGGCUUCCCCGACGGUCAGCCGGGGGAAGUGUAUGCCACAGCCAUCAAGAAUAUAGUGAAGAAGCAAAUAGGGGACGAGCCCAGAGUGACGUUCGACAAGAACGGCCGAAAAGUGUACUUGACUUUCCAAGAAAAUCAGGACCUAAGAAGUGGUCAAAAGGGUGGUGACCCAACUAUCCCGGGUCAAGUAGUUCUCCCAGUGUACAAAGCAAUCAAGGCGAGACACUUAAAGAUGGAUAUAAGAAUUCCAUUGCUGCCAAUUGAAAAAGCAACCGCGCUGGCCGAAGCGAUAGCAGAAUUGAGGAAACAUAAUACGGAAGUUAGCAAAAUGGUGCCGCGCCUACCCGAGAUCGAUGAUACGCACUUCCCUUUGCAAAUUUCACAGCUCAUUAAUGUCGGUCGCUUCUGGGUGCAAUACGCUGACCAGUCGACAGCCUCUGAACUGCAAAUGAUACAAUUUACGCUGAACCGCAAGCCUUUGCUCGCGUUCACGCACUCCGUGGCCGUGGACACGCUGGUCGCGGCUCCGUACAGCGACGCCAAUGGUACCUUGCUGUUCCGCGCGAGGGUCACGCGCCUGCUCCCCAAGGAAAUGGUUGAGGUGUUCUAUAUUGACUAUGGAAGCAUGGGUCGCGUGGGAACCUCCGGUCUGAAGGAGCUUCCGGAAGAGUGCCGUGAUAUUCCACCACUAGCCAUGCAGUGCGUGCUGAGCAGCAUCGCGCCUGCUCCUUUACUGCAUGCCCAUGCACAGUGGUCCCCUAAUGCUGAGAGACUGUUUACUGAGCUGGUCUCCAAAGGAGGGCUUCUGGGCAAGAUUUAUUCGGUGGCUCACGGAGUAACAUCCAUUGAACUGUUGGCCGAAGGAGGAAAGACUAACGUGAACAAGGUACUUUUGGAAAAAGGAUUUGCAGUCCCCUGCGAAGAAAGUUACGAUUCUAAGUUAAAUCACGACAUUAGGCAAACGGCCACAGAACUCAAUUUGGCUCAAAAGCGUGCGUUGAACAAGGAGCAAGUUGAGUUGGCGUUCAAUCAUCUGCACGAGAUUGAACCUCCUAACUACAGGGAGUGCAUCUCUGACGCGUGCCUUAAUGGACCAGACAGCCCGUUGGAGGCAUCGGUACAUAACCUGAUGUACGCGAGCCGUGAAAAAAUGGUUAGCAUAGAAUGGAGCUCUGUCAAUUCGGUUCUUUUGGACACAGAACCUCAAGAGGUGUACGAAAGGUUGUUGGUAGCGGCAGAUGUGGGUCAGAACGAAUUGAGCAGCAGACUGACCCUGCGUCACACCACCCUUCUUCCGAACAUCAGAGGCUUACCAGCUAUCAUUUCCCUCCUGUUCUGCCCAGAGGCGGAGCUUCGUCGGGCCGAUGACAAGUCGCGCUACGUGAGCGUGCUGUGCGGGCUGGGCAGCUCCGAGAGCGGCGCGCCACGAUUCCCGGAACACGACCUGCUCGUCAACAUCGACGCGGACCUCUCCGUCAGCGACAUCGGUCUUAUAAACCACAUACGUUACUUGAUGGAUUACGUUAUGUUCUGCAAUGAAGGUGAAGACAUCCCGUCUACCCAGGAUGAAUUUCGACCGAGGAUUCCAGCUUUCAUACGAGACGAUCUUAUGAAGUUGCUACAAAAACGACGCAAGCGUCGUGAGCCUCAGUGUGUGGUGAAUGCAUGGGAGUGGAAAUCCAUACCUGAAGACGAUCUUCUGGAGAUCAAUAUCCCGGACAUGUUGCAAAAGGCUGUCGUGUACCCUCCUCACACGCCUAUUGAAAUAGACGAGCUACCUCGGGAAGUGCUACUCGCAAUGAUGAAGGAGAAUGAAGAGCUGAAGAUGCAGGUUGCCAGGACGGCUAUAACGUCAUCGCAGCUUGUCUGCAAGCUGUGUGCCACGCCUCCGAUGCCUGUACACGCGAUGCGCAUACAUCUGUGCUCCAACGCGCAUCUCGACAAAGAGGAGGAUUUCCGCCACUUGGAACUUUAAAUUACCACCUCAUUUAAUAUGUACUCUUAAUUGUAAAUUGAUCCCAUCGCAUCUAAAUUAACUUUACACAGUACAGUAUAAACUCAGCUGCGUUUUGGUAAAGCGGAGACGAGCAAGCGAACGCAGCCUAUGGCAUAUUUUUGUAAGAUUGUAAAUUGCAGCCAUAGUGUCAGGCGGUAAGAGUGAUCGAGACGUUUCCAAUGGUUGGGGUACUGUUAGGUAAUCUGGUCUUUCCUCCGUUUUAGAAGACAAAAUAUGCAGCUCUUAUUUUUACUGUAUUAUGCGUACCUACUCAUAAAAAUGUAUAAGUAACGCAUAUUCCUAUUACAUAUAUUUUUUUUUCAGUCUAUGAAAAAAUGUUGAUUAAAAAGAAUGUUGCCUCUCUAUUAUUAUUAUUAUUAAUUAGUAUCGUUUUUGUUAUAAAUAUACUGUGGGCAGUCGUUGUACACAAUCUAUAAACUAAACUAAAUUGUCAGGUCUAACUCUAGUGCUAUCCUUUUCCACUGAGAACAUUAUGACAGGUAUAGCAAUAUUAGACCUGUAGUUGAAUAAAGAAACUGUGUACAAAAGAUUAGCUACAUUAUUUUUGAAAAAAAUGCGUGUAAAACCUGAUUGCAUAAAUCUUUAAUAUGAUGUGUAAUGUUACAUAACACUAAACUCAAAGAAUAUGUAAGAGUUACUGCAUCAUAUGCGUGAUUAUUGUAGCAAUGCACUCGCAAUCAUCACACGUUUAGGUUGCCUUCACAUUAUAGUCACAACAUAGGACUUUACGAUGCGCAUUUAAUGUGAAGGCAGCCUUAAAGUCGAUCAAUCGGUUUCAAAGUGAAUUAAUCCAAAACUGCAGCUUGUAUAUUCAAUUUGAAUACAAUAAAAAAACGAAUUGCGAGAGUGUUGUUCAAUUAACCGCAAAAUCUUUAUAAAAUAGUAAAUAAGUAAAUAGGUUUUUCUCAAUCGUUGAUUUUUUAAACUUGUGUCUGAUUUUUUGCAGAUUUUUUUUUCUUUUUGUAGUAAAGAUUAAAUUAAACUAAACUGUAAUAGUACUUUUUUGUUACAUAAGUACGAUAUGAUUGUGAUAUUAUGUUAACAAUGCUUAUAAAAUAUUUUUCUAUGCCAAACUAAUUGCUAAGGAUAAGUUAGAUAGAGGGGUUGAAUCAGUUGUACUCGUAUACUGAUCUCCCACUAGAGAUCCCACUAGCCAUUUUAGCUCUAUGAGUCAAAAGUAGGGUUCACCCUUAAGGUGCAUGCGACGCGUCUGCCAGCGAAAUUCAAAUUUUAUUUAGUUUUUCGCAAUUUGUAAACUAAUACGACAUAGUAGGCUUAUGGCAUUUUAAUUGCGCCAAUGGCAGUAUCAUUUCCACGUGUUUAUGUAAAAAUC